UCCUCCUCCCCCCGUCUCUGUGAGCUCCGCCUCGGCUCUCCCUCACACCGCUACUCGCCUCUCGUCGCCGCGCACACAUGGCCGCUCACCGGGUGAUCGUCUACGGGGGAAGAGGAGCUCUGGGCUCCAAGUGCGUGCAGCACUUCAAAUCCAAAGGAUGGUGGGUCGCGUGCAUCGACAUGGCUGCGAACGAGGAGGCGAACGAGAACGUGGUCGUGGGGUCGAGCGGAGAUUUCACCGAGCAGGCCGGACAGGUGACGACAGAUGUGGCCAAGUUGCUAGGCGAACAGAAAGUGGACGCCAUCUUCUGCGUGGCGGGAGGGUGGGCGGGAGGAAGCUGUAGUUCCAAAGGUCAGAGUUCAACCUUUUUGUGGAAACAGGAGCUUGUGAUGUCCCAAUUCUCAGGCCCCUUCGCCCGCGGCCCCAGAAAACCAGGCGGCUUGUUUACUCUUGUCGGGCCAAAAGCGGCCCUUUCGGGCCCCGGAGGCAUGGCGGGCUACGGCAUGGCCAAAGCUGCCGUCCACCAGCUGUGUCAGAGUCUGGCAGAAAAGAACAGCGGGAUGCCGCCAGGAGCCGCCGCCGUGGCCAUUCUGCCGGUUACCUUGGAUACGCCGAUGAACAGGAAGUUCAUGUCCGACGCAGACUUCGGCUCCUGGACUCCGCUGGAGUACAUCGCAGAAAUGUUCUUCAACUGGACCUCAGGAGUGAACCGGCCGGCUUCAGGGAGCCUCAUCCAGCUGCUGACCUCCGGGGGGGAAACUCAGGCUGUGGCCGCGCAGUAGAGGACACAGAGCAGCUGAUGCGGGGGGGGGGGGAUGGAGAAGCUCAGAGGCACUCGCAGAGGAAGGGGGGUAUGAGGGAGAGAUGGUAACAGGGAGGAGGUGGACGCCAUAAGGAGGUCUCAGAGCUCCAUCUAGCUGUGGGUCCUUGUAUCCAGUGAUGGGAUUUGCACUACAAGCUUGAAGUCCUAUUCAAGGUGGUGUUUGAGAAAUCAGUGAAGUUAAACCAGCUAACACCCCCCCCCCCCCCCCUGCCAGUGUGACAUGACAUCUGUAGACUGUGUUUUGUGUUUUUUUAAGUCCUUCCUCCACUGCGGAAACCUCGAAGGUCAAAGAAAAACGGCGUCCCCUCGUGUGUGGGAGGGGGGGGGGAGGCGACGUGGCCUUAAUGUCUGUCGUGUUGUUGUAACUGUGGAAAUCCCAAUAAAAUCGGUCCCCAAAACA